AUGAUGUUAUAUGAACAAGAUCUGCUAAAAGCCAGACAGGAAUUCAUCUUAGUUUCGUCUAAAGUCGUACCGAUAACAACUGUUCAUAUUUAUUCUGUCCCAAUUACAAGAAAGUUUUUGUCAUAUUUAUUGUUUGUUCCUUAUAAUGUAGACCGUUUCGAGGCAUUUUGUAAACUAUUGGUAACUAGGCAAAAGGACGGACCGUUGAUUUGAGCGGUCUCCAAAAGUGUUGAUAGCUAUUCCGCCUCUUGCAAGCGGCAACACAUCGUAGGAGUCGUUGUUUCUUGUCGUCGUCGGGCGAUCAAUAUAUUGGGGAGGCGAUGGCAUGCGUUCGUCGUUAGAGAGGUCUGGCCGUUGCGCAAGUUUGGAAGGUCCCUCUACAUUGCUUCUCCCCACUGA